CUGCCAGGGCCGAGCGCCGCGCCCGGGAGGGGAGCGCACGGCGGGCACCGCGACGCGCCCCGGACACCGCUCCGCUCCGCCAGGAACGCACCGCGGGCAGCGCUUCGCACCCCGGACACCGCUCCGCUCCGCAUCGCGGGCACCGCAGCCCGGGUACCGCACCGCGCCCCCGCGCCCGGCGCGACCCCCAUGAGAGCAGAGCGGGCGGCGGCCGCCCCCCCGCGCACCCCCGCCCGCCCGCCUGCCUGAGCACGGAGCGCUCCCCCCGCCCCCGAUGCGCCCUUAGUCCCGGCCCCGGACCCGCCUCCCGCGCUCCCCUCCCCGCCGGCGGCGGCGGCAGCAGCAGCGCCCAGGUGCGGACUUCAAACCCCGGCGCAAUGGCGUCCAACGCGGCCGAGAGGGAGAUCCUCUUCACCGAGAUACAGGGGGAUGCCAAAGGUCUUGUAACCUCUGAGAACGUGAGCACUGGCCAGAAGUUGGACUUCUCAGAUACAAUGGUACAGCAGAAGCUGGAUGAAAUAAAGGACCAAAUCAAGCGGGAAAUAAGGAAGGAACUUAAAAUCAAGGAGGGAGCAGAGAACCUCAGGAAGGUCACAACAGAUAAAAAGAACUUGGCAUAUGUGGACAACAUUUUGAAAAAAUCAAAUAAGAAGUUAGAAGACUUGCAUCAUAAGUUACAGGAGCUAAAUGCACGCAUUGUUGUAACGGAUCUAGAAGAUGUUCCAGAUUGUCCCAGCACUCCUGAUACUCCAAAUAGCGACCCUCGGUUUUCUACUAACAACAGAUUGAUGGCCUUAAAGAAGCAGUUGGAUAUAGAACUGAAGGUAAAACAGGGAGCAGAAAAUAUGAUACAGAUGUACUCAAAUGGCUCUUCAAAGGAUCGAAAACUUCUUGCCACAGCUCAGCAGAUGCUUCAGGACAGCAAGACAAAAAUAGAAGUUAUAAGGAUGCAGAUUCUUCAGGCAGUCCAGACCAAUGAAUUGGCUUUUGAUAAUGCAAAACCUGUGAUAAGCCCUCUUGAACUGCGAAUGGAAGAAUUACGGCAUCAUUUUAGGAUAGAGUAUGCUGUAGCAGAAGGUGCAAAAAAUGUGAUGAAAUUACUUGGAUCUGGGAAAGUUACCGACAGAAAGGCACUUUCAGAAGCGCAAGCAAGGUUUAAUGAAUCAAGCCAGAAGCUGGACCUCUUGAAGUAUUCACUGGAACAGAGAUUGAAUGAGCUUCCUAAAAACCAUCCCAAAAGCAGUAUUAUUAUAGAGGAGCUUUCAUUAGUCUCUUCACCCACAUUAAGUCCUCGUCAGAGUGUGAUAUCUACUCAAAACCAGUACAGUACACUGUCCAAACCAGCAGCUUUAACAGGUACCCUGGAAGUUAGGCUAAUGGGCUGCCAAGAUAUUUUGGAAAACGUCCCUGGUCGAUCAAAAGCCACAUCAAUUACGUUACCUGGUUGGAGUCCAAAUGAAGCCAGAUCAUCUUUCAUAAGCAGACCCAGUAAAAGUAAAAGUGGGAGUAGUAGAAACCUUCUGAAAACUGAUGACUUGUCCAAUGAAGUCUGUGCUGUACUGAAGCUGGAUAACACUGUGGUUGGUCAAACUAGCUGGAAACCAAUUUCCAAUCAGUCAUGGGAUCAGAAAUUUACACUGGAACUAGACAGGUCACGUGAAUUAGAAAUCUCAGUUUACUGGCGUGACUGGAGAUCUUUGUGUGCAGUGAAGUUUCUGAGGUUGGAAGAUUUCCUGGAUAACCAAAGGCAUGGCAUGUGUCUCUAUCUUGAACCCCAGGGCACUCUGUUUGCUGAGGUUACAUUUUUUAAUCCAGUUAUUGAAAGAAGACCAAAACUCCAGAGGCAGAAGAAAAUUUUUUCGAAACAGCAAGGCAAAACAUUUCUCAGAGCUCCUCAAAUGAAUAUUAACAUUGCCACUUGGGGAAGGCUGGUAAGAAGAGCCAUUCCAACAGUGAAUCACUCUGGCACCUUCAGCCCCCAAGCACCAGUGCCUGCGACCGGGCCGGUGGUGGAUGCCCAGCUCGCUGAACUGACCCUGCCAGCUGGUGACUCUCCUGUAGCCAAAUUGGACUUUGAACUUGAGCCUGAGCCUCCACCUGCUCCACCCCGUGCAUCUUCCCUUGGGGAAAUAUGUGAAUCUUCCUCUGAGAUAAAGGCUCCUGAUGUGCCUUCUCAGGAUGAAGUAACAACUUGUGAUUUUGAAAAUGGCAGAAAUAGUAUUGUUCCAAAACUCCAACCUGAAAUAAUUUGUGAGCCUGAUGCUCCCCAUACAGACAUGAAAUACACCAACACCAGAGAACCUGAGGAUAGAAGAUCACAACAAAGAUUUCAGUUCAGUCUGAAGGAUUUCAGAUGUUGUGCUGUACUGGGCAGAGGACAUUUUGGAAAGGUGCUGUUGGCAGAGUACAAAAACACAAACGAGAUGUUUGCUAUUAAAGCCUUAAAGAAAGGAGAUAUUGUUGCUCGUGAUGAAGUAGACAGCUUGAUGUGUGAAAAGCGAAUAUUUGAAACUGUGAAUAGUGUAAGACAUCCCUUCUUGGUGAACCUUUUUGCUUGUUUCCAAACCAAAGAUCACGUUUGCUUUGUAAUGGAAUAUGCUGCUGGCGGGGACCUGAUGAUGCACAUUCAUACUGAUGUCUUCUCUGAACCACGAGCAGUAUUUUAUGCUGCAUGUGUGGUUCUUGGACUUCAGUAUUUACAUGAGCACAAAAUAGUAUAUAGAGAUUUGAAGUUGGAUAACUUAUUGCUGGACACAGAAGGCUUUGUGAAAAUUGCUGACUUUGGUCUUUGCAAAGAAGGAAUGGGAUUUGGAGACAGAACAAGCACAUUCUGUGGCACACCGGAAUUUCUGGCUCCUGAGGUGCUGACAGAAACUUCCUAUACAAGAGCUGUAGACUGGUGGGGUCUUGGUGUUCUUAUCUAUGAGAUGCUAGUGGGUGAGUCUCCCUUCCCUGGAGAUGAUGAAGAAGAGGUGUUUGACAGCAUUGUAAAUGAUGAAGUAAGAUAUCCACGAUUUCUGUCUACAGAAGCCAUCUCGAUAAUGAGACGGCUGCUGCGUAGAAAUCCAGAGCGGCGUCUUGGAGCUGGAGAGAAAGACGCUGAGGAUGUGAAAAAGCAUCACUUUUUCAGACAAAUAGAUUGGAAUGCUUUACUGGCCAAGAAAGUGAAGCCUCCUUUUGUACCCACCAUUAGAGGACGAGAAGACGUUAGUAAUUUUGAUGAUGAAUUUACCUCUGAAGCACCUAUCCUCACUCCACCUCGGGAACCAAGGAUACUUUCAGAAGAAGAGCAGGAAAUGUUCAGAGAUUUUGAUUACAUUGCUGAUUGGUGUUAACUUCUAGACACUGUGAACCCCCAGCUGACUGGCUCACAAGAAUGCCUCUCUCGGAAGAAUACCGACCCUUCAAUUGCUCUCUGUGCCACCUGUAGCUUCUGGGUUUUUUUUAAAUCACAUGAAGAUCCUUUUAAGUACUGUUUUAACACUCUUGUGAAGAGUGGCCUCUUUGUAUAUUGUUUUUUUAUCUGAGCACUGGAAAGCAGGUCUAUGGCGUUCAUAAGCUGAGUUGGUGAACCCCGGCUGUAUUGAGCUUCUCGCACAUGGGCACACGUGGAUCUUACAGUCUCUCUGGCUCUUCCACAGCAGAUAACAUCACUUCUUAAAGUAUCUGCGUAAGUGGGAAAAGCAGACUUUGAGCUACGUAAUCUCCACUCAGCCACAUUGGAGUAAGUUGGGAUACUGGUGACACUCACACAGAACACGGUUCUAGUCUGAGAAGGCAAAUGAUUUCAGCUAAAUAUUGUGCAGUCUAUAAAACUACACAUUUCUAUGUACACCUUCAUCUUGUGUUCUUAAAAUAAUGGUAUUGAGAACAGAUAUGCCUUGUUUUGUAAAUUUUCUAUGGUAUUUAUUAGGAAAAAUGUUAAAUGCCUUGCCUUUGAGAUAACAACUGUGUAAGUGCUUCCAUUACAAAGAAAAAUCCAGAAAAAUCCGGAAAGUUUACCAAAGUCACUUGCCAAACAGUUUUGCCUUCAAGCUUCUUAAGCACGGCUUAAGCCCCUGGUUGGUAUGAGGAAUGUAACAAGGACAUUGCUCAGUGCAAGCCCAGAGCGAAGCGUCCGCGUGGCCCCAGCCCGGCCACUCCUGCAUCGGCCUCCUGCCUUCCCCAGCCCCGAGGGGCAGAGGAGUCACCCAGUCCUUAUCUAACCACCUCCAUCAUCCUCUGUCUGUCCUACGAUGUCAUUUAGAAAACAUAAGGAUUUUCAAUGUAUACAUGUGAACAUGUAUAUUUGGAAGUUGUAAUGUAUUCUUACCUUUAGGCAAGUAAUUUAAUUGUACCACUUCAUCAAUAUUGCACGGUGGCAAAAAAACGUAUCCAUGUAGGCCACUGACCUCCAGCCCUUGAAUUGGCAGUUACUGAGAGUAAAAAGCAAUACCUUGUAACAGAAUGUAUAAAUAUUUUUGAUAAAAACAGUGUAUAUUUUAUAAACCCCUUAACACUAAAAGCUGUACCUCAAAAGUUGAAAAAUAAUUUUGACCAGACACUGUGUGUAUUUGUAAACCAAGACCUACUUUUGGCAUCUGCUGUUCUGGGGGCAAACAUUAAUUCUUGGAAAAUAAAUUUCCCACGUAGUCCUUAUCUCUAGCACCAUUCAGCACUAACCUCACGGGUUCAUCAGGGCCAGGAGUUUGCUGUUCAUGGUCUAAGGCAGUGAGAAUCAGCACCCAAAUUAUUAAAGAACUGGUAAUUUUAUUAAUUCAAAGAAGAAACACAAACCACUGGAGUGUGCAAUGCCAAGGUGGUGGUUUAAAAUCAUGAUGCUGGACAGACCUGCAGGGUCAGGCAGGGGAGAGGCUUAAGGGAGAAAAAAAAAUAAUGGUUAAUAGGUCUAAAUCAGGCAAGUCCCCCACAGGAAGGAGGGAGGCACCUUCCCCAGUGCUGCAAAGCAUGUUGGGCAAAACGAGUCAACUCCUCAGCACUCAUUGUUUCCAGGUUCUAAUUAAUAAGAAACAAAUUAUGUUCCUGUAUCAGGCUGAAACCAAUACUUUUGAGGUACAGUCAGCUCGCCCUUUUUUGGUUCCCAAAAAUAUAUAUAUAUAUAAAAGCAUCGAACAGGGUGCUUAACACUUAUGAAAGUAUCCUCAAACAUACUUUUUUGUAACUACAUCUUGUACAGAAAUCUUUUUUUAAUCUAAGCAAAUCACUAAAAAAAAAAAAUUAGAAAAAAUUAGAGGGCAGGGUAUGUUCACCCAGUUAAGAUGGAAAAAAGCACUAAUUUUAUCUCUGUAGUUUUUUAAAUAUUUUUAGGCAGAUUAAGAUUUAAACCCUAGAUUGUAAAUAUAUUUUGCUAUACUUUAUCUGUAUGUGGCUGCUCAAGCACUUUGUAAGGAAAUUAGGAUAUUUUAGAAUGGUACACUAUGCAUUAAAAUGAAAUGUGCCUUUAACAAAUGUCAUUCUAAGUGUUUUGCAGUCAUUAAUAUCACAAAUUAAAGUUCUAAAUAGAGUAAUUUGUAAA